CGGGUAUCCGGCAGGUCUUUUGCCCCUUCCUUUCCUUACCCUCCGCGGUUUGCUUUCUCUCUUCUUCACAUACAACGUAAUAGCCACAUCUCUGCGCUCGACCACCAGCUCUCCGACGGACAAGACGUUUUCUCCCUAGCCCAAGUCCUGUACCCGCCAUGUGGGUAAGGACAGUCCUUCUCUCCCUCCUGGCAUUAGCCCAGUGGGGGUCCGCCUCGCCGUACCGCGCAGACCUCGUCGACUACAACAUCAACACCAACCAAAAUGCCCAGACCCCGACAGACUACUCGACCAAUAAACGCUCCAGCUACACCAAGUCGCCACCCAACUGGCGUGCAAUCCCCUUCUACACCGUUCUCAUGGACAAGUUCGCCGAUGGCGACCCUUCCAACAACGACUACUUUGGAACGAUGUACGAGUGGGACUGGCGGGAGACACAGCUUCGGUUCGGUGGUGACUUGAAGGGCCUGGUGUCCAGAUUGGACUACCUACAGGGCAUGGGCAUCAAGGGUAUCUUCAUCUCCGGGACACCUUUCCUCAAUAUGAUCUGGCAGGCAGACAGCUACUCGCCGCUUGAUUUCACGGUGCUUGAUCCCCACUGGGGAACGCUGGCCGAUUGGCAAGCCGCCAUCGACGAGAUCCAUUCCCGCGGGAUGUAUAUCAUGGCGGACUUCACAGUUGGUACCAUGGCUGACCUCGUCGGCUUCAAAGGUUUCCUGAACGAGUCCACGCCCUUCUCAUUAAACGAGUACGAUGCAGUUUGGAAGGAUCCUCUCUAUACGCCCUGGGGAUUCCAGGAGUACAAGGACUUCGCUGUUAACAACGCCUGGAAUGACUCUUGCCAACUUCCCACGUUCUGGGGAGAUGACGGAACCAUUCAGAACAUCGGUUGGACUACCGGCUGCAGGGAGUCCGAUUUCGAUCAGUACGGUGACAUGGAGGCGUUCGGUGUUCACCCUGACUGGCAACGUCAAUUAGCAAAGUUCGCGUCAGUACAGGACCGGCUGCGUGAAUGGAAGCCAGAGGUUAUGGCAAAGCUCAAGACUUUCUCGUGCAUGGCCAUCACCGCUCUCGACAUUGAUGCCAUCCGUAUCGACAAGUCGACCCAGGUCACCGUAGACGCUCUUGCAGAAUGGGCUUCCAGCACCCGUGCUUGCGCCGCUGCCCUGAACAAGACCAACUUCUACAUCCCUGGUGAAGUUACCGGUGGCGACACGUUCGGUUCCCUCUACUAG